AUUAAUUAUUAAUGAAUGAUACUAUCGUAAGAGAGAUAACAACUACAGAAAUCAGUGAAAAAGAGAAGAAGAUUAUCCAAUAUCUAGAGGAAGAGUUAUUAUUAGAGUAAUUCACAGAUCCCUAAUAAAAACAAAUCAACUUUGAGUUGUCGAAGAAAAAAACUAUCUUCUCAUUUAGAUCUAUGGAUUCUGACACUGAGAUUUCUGAAGCCACUUCUUGUUCAACAAUAAAGAGUUGUACACUACAAAUGUGUAAGUCACCAUUGUUUAAAAGAAGGCUUAGUACAUUGGUUUUAGACUAGUUAUCUUGAUAAUGUAUUAUUUAACGUAAUGUGAAUCUCUAUUAUUG